GUCCUUAAUUACAUAAAAUGUCUGAAACCCAACCCAAGGUUGAAAAGAAAGCAAAGGCACCCAAAGCCGCUAAAUCCAAAGAUGCUGGAAGCAGUUUCCCUCUUGAGAUGACACCUGCUCCUGAAUACCUUCAACACCGUAUCGACAUGUUUGACAAGUUAAAGGCUGCUGCCGAUGCUGAAAUUGCUCAAAAACCUCGCGAGGCCAUCACCAUCACUUUACCCGAUGGCACUGUCAAGGAAGGCAUUGCCUGGGAAACCACCCCUCUUUCUAUCGCCUUAGGUAUUGCCAAGUCUUUGGCUGAACGUACCGUCAUCUCUAAAGUGGAUGGAGAGCUUUGGGAUUUAACUCGUCCCUUGGAAGGUUCUUGCAAGUUGGAAUUAAUUGACUUUGAGAACGAUGAAGGUAAAAUGGUGUUCUGGCAUUCGUCUGCACAUAUGUUGGGUGAGGCCUGUGAGAGACAUUACGGUUGUAACCUCUGUAUUGGUCCCCCUUUAAAGGAAGGUGGUUUCUAUUACGAAAUGGGACUUCAAGAGCGUGCUGUCAACCAACAGGAUUACGCCAACCUCGAGAAAUUGGUAGGUCAAUUUGCCAAGGAAAAGCAAAACUUUGAACGUCUUGUGAUUAGCAAAAAAGAUAUUUUAGAAAUGUUCAAGCACAACCCUUACAAGGUACAUAUUAUUAAUGACAAGAUUCCCGAUGGUACCAGCACCACGGUGUACCGUUGUGGACCUUUGAUUGAUUUAUGUCGUGGACCUCAUGUACCCAACACGGGUCGUGUCAAGGCGUUUGCGGUUACCAAGAACUCUUCCUCUUACUUUUUGGGUGAUGCCAAGAAUGAUUCGUUACAACGUAUCUAUGGUAUUUCUUUCCCUGACAAGAAACAAAUGACUGAAUAUAAAAAGUUUAUUGAAGAAGCUGCUAAACGUGAUCAUCGUAAGAUUGGUAAAGAACAAGAGUUAUUCUUUUUCCAUGAGAUGUCACCUGGAUCUGCAUUUAUGCUCCCUCAUGGUGCACGUAUUUACAAUGCAUUGAUGGAUUUAAUCAAGGCUGAGUAUAGUCAACGUGGAUUUACUGAAGUUAUUACACCCAACAUGUUCAAUUUGAAGCUUUGGAACCAAUCAGGUCACGCCCAAAAGUACAAGGAAAACAUGUUUUGUUUGGAAGUUGAUAAAGAAGAAUUUGCCUUGAAGCCUAUGAAUUGUCCUGGUCAUUGUUUGAUGUUUGGUCAUAAGGAAAGAAGUUACCGUGAUUUACCUGUACGUUUUGCAGAUUUUGGUGUGCUUCAUCGUAAUGAAUUCUCUGGUGCACUUUCUGGUUUGACGCGUGUCCGUCGUUUCCAACAAGAUGAUGCGCAUAUUUUCUGUCGUACGGAUCAAAUUGAACAAGAAAUGGCAGGUUGUUUCGAUUUCUUAAACCAGGUGUAUGGUGUAUUUGGUUUUGAUUUCCACUUGAAGUUGUCUACACGCCCUGAUAACUAUAUUGGUGAACUCUCUGUUUGGGAUAGCGCAGAAAAGAUGUUGGAAGACUCUUUGAACCGUUUCACAGCUAUUAAGGGAACGACUUGGGAGUUGGAUCCUGGAGAUGGAGCCUUCUAUGGACCCAAGAUUGAUAUUGUUAUUUCUGAUGCGUUGAAGCGUAAACAUCAAUGUGCUACUAUUCAAUUGGAUUUCCAAUUACCAGAGAGAUUUAAAUUGGAAUACCGUACUGAUGGACAAGAAGAUGCCAUGGCACGCCCUGUUAUUAUUCAUCGUGCUAUUUUAGGUUCAGUUGAACGUAUGAUGGGUAUUGUGAUUGAACAUUUUGCCGGUAAAUUCCCCUUUUGGUUAUCUCCUCGUCAAAUCCAGGUAGUUCCUGUAGCAGCUGCUUUCAAUGAUUACGCCAAGGAGAUUACAGCUAAAUUGGUUGGAUUGGGUAUCUAUGCUGAUGCAGAUUUGAGUGAUAACACUUUGAACAAGAAGAUCCGUAAUAGUGAGAUUGCUCAAUAUAACUUUAUCUUUGUUGUGGGAGAGGUUGAGGCCACGACACGUUCAGUUAAUGUUCGUAACAGAGAUGAUGUUGGUACUAAGGCUAAGGGACAAACUAUUCCUUUGGAACAAGUCAUGAAGAGUGCAGCUGAUUUAAAGGAAUCCAGAAGUUUAGAAAACAAGCUUAUCUAAAAUUAAAAUUUUUUGUGACCU